CUGAUUUGAACUGCUGGAUAUUCAGAAACUCUGAGAAUAGUUUAAACACAGACAGUUCUGACUCUUCAAGAAAAGGACAGAGAGAAAAAUAAAGGUGUUAAAGGAGGAGGAAGAAAAUGGCUGAAUCUUCAUCAAAACAACCAAGAGAAGAAAGAAGGAGCAACACAGAGGAAUCAGUUCACUUUGCUCCUGACUCCAGCAGUCUCCUGUCUGAAGAUCUGUUCCUGUGUUCUAUCUGUCUGGAUGUGUUCACUGAUCCAGUCUCCACUCCAUGUGGACACAACUUCUGCAUGCAAUGUAUUAACACAUGCUGGGGUGACAGUGGGCAGUGUCACUGUCCAUUCUGUAAAGCGAAAUUCACCAAGAGACCAGAACUGAAGAACAAUACAGCAUUCAGAGAGUAUGUAGAUCACUUCAAGAACAAAAGUGAUCUGAAUAAACCUGAGGUUCUUUGUGAUGCCUGCAUUGGAGAGAAGCAGGAAGCCCUGAAAUCCUGUCUGGAUUGUCGUCUCACUCUUUGUAAAUCUCAUUUAGAAUCUCAUAAUAAUAUGCCGAAAAUUAAAGAACACAAGCUGAUAGACCCAUUAAAGAACCUGGAGGACUACAUAUGCCAGAAGCACAGGAGACCCCUGGAGUUGUUCUGUAGAGAUGACCAGAUGUCUGCAUGUAUGGUCUGCACUAUGACUGACCACAAGAAGCACAACACUGUUCCUGUAGAGGAGGGGAUUGGAGAAAUGAAGUCACAGCUGGAGAAGACACAGACAGAGGUACAGCAGAUGAUCCAAGACAGAUUGAAGAAGAUCAAAGACAUCAGACACUCAGUAGAGCUCAGAAAAAGAAACACAGAGAAAGACAAAGCAGACAGUGUUGAAGUCUUCACUUCUCUGAUCUGCUCCAUUGAGAGAAGCCAGGCUGAGCUGCUUGAGGUGAUGGAGGAGAAGCAGAAAGCAGCAGAGAGGCAGGCUGAAGACCUCAUUAAAGAGCUGGAGCAGGAAAUCACUGAGCUAAAGAGGAGAGACACUGAGCUGGAGCAGCUCUCCCACACUGAGGACCACCUCCACCUCCUACAGAUUUACCCAUCACUGUGCAGACCUCCACACACCAAGAACUGGACUGACAUCAGUAUUGACACUCAUCUGAGUGUAGAGACUGUGAGGAACACUCUGUCUCAACUUCAGAGGAGUCUGAAUGAGAUGAUCAUAGAAUCAGAACUAAAAAUGCUUCAGCAGUAUGCAGUGGAUGUGACUCUGGAUGCUGAUACAGCUCAAACAUAUCUCAUCCUGACUGUUGGUGGAAAACAAGUAACACACGGAGACACAAAACUUUCUGACAAUCUUCCUGACAAUCCAAAGAGAUUUGAUAGAUGUCCGUGUGUCCUGGGAAAGGAGGGAUUCUCAUCAGGGAGAUUUUACUAUGAGGUCCAGGUCAAGGGGAAGACUGAGUGGGAUUUAGGAGUGGUCAUAGAGUCCAUUAACAGGAAGGGUAAAACGAUUACACUGAGCCCACUGAAAGGAUUCUGGACUGUGGUUCUGAGGAAUGAGAAUGAGUAUUUGGCUUGCGCUGGUCCCCCAGUGCUCCUCUCCCUGAGAAAGAGGCUACAGAAGGUGGGGGUGUUUGUGGAUUAUGAGGAGGGUCUGGUCUCCUUUUAUGAUGUGGAGUCCAGAUCUCAUAUCCACUCUUUCACUGGUCAGCCUUUCACUGAGAAACUCUAUCCAUACUUCAGCCCCUGUAAAAAUGAUGGAGGUAAAAACUCAGCUCCACUGAUCAUCUCACCCGUAUCAAAGACUUAAUAAACUUUCAGUUGUAACUACAAUAGGAACGCUACAACAAAACAGAUUUAAUGUUUUCUGAUGCAUUAUGAGAGAAAAGUGAAUAAUUAGUCAUACUAUUUAUUUACAGCACUCAUACUGUAUUAUAAAAUAACAGUAUUUUUACAGUUACUGUAUUACUGAAUAUAUUUAAUUACUCUAUUUAUACAUUUUUUCUUCACCCUGUAUUUUCACCAGUGUAAUUUUGCUACAUUAUCUAGUACAAUAUAUAAUGAUAUAUGCAAACAACACAAUUUCUGAUAGCAGAUACUUGAACAUUCAUUCAUACUGUUACAUAUACUGUCACUGAAUGUAGGAUCAGGAUCAAAGGUCAGCAUAUAUUCUUUACUGUCUGACUGAAGAUUUUCUCAGAUAAGGAAAUUGAAUAAGAGUUGCCAAAUGGGAAAUUUCUUCAUCAUGAUGUACACAGUCAUUCAGAGUGGUUUGGUGAAAUGCUCUGUUGCAGUGCUU